UGAGUGCAAUAUUGGCGAAUGGCGAUACGCAAUCACAUUUUAGGUCCAACUUUAAUCGUCACGGCCAUACCGUCGACUGACGACUCGUACGUAAAGUACGCUGCAACUUUGCAAGACGUGCACGCGCCAGCUAUAAAGUAUUAGCGAUCUCGGCCGGACAUUAAGUGAGUAGCGAAGACAGUUUUAGUGUUCACAUACUUCGUUUUCACACAGCGUUCGCACGGUACAGCAGAGCAGCGUUCUCGCUUUGCCUUGAGCGUGACAUCCACGAAAAAAACUACUUUGCGCGUCCGAAUUUGCCAAACGCGGGCUUGUACGCCGAUUACUCGCUUUCCCGAUAUUGUUUAUCGUCACCGGUUCAGCACGCAAAUAGAGAGGGACCAGCUCUCCGAUCGCCGUCCGCUCUAUCCGUGCGUCUCGUCCGUCGUACCCAAUCCCCGACCCAAUUUCGUGGGCAACGACGACGAUUUGAUUGUUUUCGACAUUCGUUCGUGUGACAAUGGCAUUUCAAUGAAUACAAUGUCGCCUUCCGGUUCACGUCCAUCCUAUUCUCCUCCUGGAGAGCACACUUUCAACCCCCGUUCGACCACCACCGAUGUCCGACAGCCGUCAGAUGGAGAGAAAACUGAACGUGCCCGCGCCGAAGUCGCUGUUGCAGGCCAACAGUAAGACGGACGUCAAGAAAUCGACAGAUUCAUCAAAUUCAAAGCACUCAAAUCGUCGAAAUGGAAAAGCUGUUACUAUUCAACCACAAAGAAUUGAAGCUAACCGAAAUAUCAGCCUUAAAAAGAACUCAAAUAACAGUAAACAGCCGCAACCUCGAGCUAGUCUCUUUUGUAGAAAGAAGAGUUCCGAGGUAACUGAAUCAUUAAAUGAUGUCGAUGAUGAAGAUUUACUGCCUGUAUUAAGGCACAUGGAACAUAAUAACAAAUGGAAUAUGCGUAGUGGUUACGGGUCUAGGAAAAAAGAAUUUCCACACAAGUUCAAUGUCAAACACUUUUUAAUAGCAAAUUGUCAAUUUGUAGUCAAGUUUGGAAAAGAUUAUUCUCGAUGGAUGAAUGAUCAGGAUGAAAUUGUUGAUUGGGAUUGCAUUGAACAGAUAAAAAUGUUUUCUACUCAAUUUAUUAAAUGUCCUAUAUGUAUGGAUAUACCAAUAACACCAAAAAUGACUCGUUGUGGCCAUAUAUAUUGUUGGCCUUGCAUCUUGCAUUAUUUAGAUAUAAACGAAGAACUUGAUAACGCCGGCUGUCCCAUAUGCCAUUCUAGAAUAUUAAAAAAAGAAUUAAAGAGCGUUGAAAUAAUUAUUAAAGAAGAAUGCUGCGUUGGUCAAUCAAUAACUUUACAAUUAAUGAAACGUGCUAGAAAUUCAUUGCAAGCAUACCCAGUGUCAGAACUCCGUCAAAAUACUUUUAAACCAUCAGAUGAUAUUCCUUUAUCAAUUAGUGAAUCUAAUUACUCUACAUCUUAUUCCAGACUUCUAAUUGGUUAUAAAAGUCAAGUAUUAAAUAUUUUGAACCAAGAAAGAGAAGCUCUUGUACUACUUUUAGAGUACUGGGAAACUGAAGACGUGGAAAAAAAAUAUAUAUAUGAAGCUCUUGAAUUAUUAUCAAAACGAGAAAACAUUUUAAUGAAUCAGGAACCAAAUUUUGAAAUAAAAGGAAUAAGCGAUGAGUUAAUGAAUUCUGCAAUAAAUGCAAAUCUAGGAUCACCACCACCGGCACUACCACAAUCACAAUUAAAGAACUUUCUUGAGAUUCCUGGAUGCUCUCAUAAUGUUGCUAGUGUUUUAGAUGAAAAUCCAAAUUUACAUAUAAAAGAAAUGAACACAAAUUUUAAUAAUUUUAACACUGUCGGUAUUAAAGAGGUUUUACAAAAAAAACCUGCCAAAAAGGAUUUUUAUUUCUAUCAAGCUUUGGAUGGCCAGCAUAUAUAUUUAUCAGCAGUUAAUGUAGAAAUGUUAGAAUGUAUGUUUGGCAGUCUUGAAAAAAGUCCACAGCAUAUAGAUGCUAUUGUAAUUGAAAAACAGUCCUUAUCGAUGACUGAAGCAUCAAGAAAACGCUAUAGAUUCCUUUUACAUUUGCCCAUAACAACUGUUUUUGAAUGGGUUGAAUUAGAUUUGACUAAUAUUGUCAGUCAAGAAACAUUAUUUAUAUUUAAAAGCAACUUGGAUGAGAAAAAAGCUGUUAGAGAUAGACGUGCUCGUGACGAGCAACGGCUUGCUAAACGCAUUGAAGAAAGAAAUUCUAAAAAACAAUUGCCACUCCCUGAAUGGCAUAAUAAGAGUUUGUUCCCAGAAUGUGGCUAUGAUCCAUUUGCUGAUAAAAGUAUGAUUCCCUUAAGCGAAUCGAUUGGUAUAACUUCAACUUCAGAUCGUGCUUUAGUUAAUACAUCUAAUGGUUCACCAAGUAAUUUAUCAUUUGCAAAGGCAUUGCAAAAUGAAAGUACCGCAAGUAACUCCUCUUCAUCAGAUCCGGUUUUACCUAAUGUAUCAUCUCAAUGGCCAGUACUUGGUUCUAGACCAAAUUCUAUGCCGAUGAAUAAUAUUCUGGAAGAUGCUGUAGCCAACAUGAACAUGCACGAUAACAAAUCAAAAAAUAAAAAGAAGAAACGCAGCAAAUAUGAACCAAUAUUUUGAAAUAAUAUAAUUUAUUAAUUUUUAUUUAUGUAAAGUUACUGUAAUGUCAAGGAGCAUAAUAAACAUAAUAAACUGUACUAAUUAAAAUUAA